GCUCUUGUACGUACACUUCCUCUGCAAAAUAUUCAAGCAAUGUCAUAUACCAUUGUAGCCACGAUCCGGAGUUUAUUCAGACGGUGCCAUACAAUUUCAAACUUGGAGAGAAAUUGAUACGAUGCCGAUGAAGCGAUGGUGAAGGGAUAAGCGACCGAGGAAUAACUAGUCCGCUACGUGAACUCGCUUAGCAUUUGUCCGCUACUAUAGUCUACUAGAAAUCGUUAUCGUCGUUACCGUCUCAUUCCUUUUCUCAGUUCCCAAUGUUUACCUCGGGUAAAUUGAGCAAACGUUUACUCUUCCCCUCGUCAAGUUGCCGACACGUCAUUAAGUUAAAAGCUUAGUUAUACGACGCAAUGAUUCUCGCGCGAAUGCAAAUACCAGUGCUAGUUUCCGUUACGAACGAAAACACAUUCUACUUCCUCGUUUCCAUCAAAUUUCUAUUAUUAUCGCGAACUGGUACAACAUACGAGCGCGCGAAUGUGCCUGCAACGGGAACAAAGUGUUACUCGCAACGUGUCAUUGUCUUAUCGUCAAACUCGAGGUGAAGCCUUAAACCUGACUAAUUUGUUUCUUGCAGAAAUGUCUCGAAUGAGUCACAACGGAAAAAAAGUCGGUGACAAGAGUGUAUUAGCUUUUUAAAGCGCACGUAAAAUCGAACGGGAAACGAGAGCGAUAUAGGUUUAUUUUGAUCGAGCCUUAUCCAUAAUCUGAAGAGCGCAAUAUAUGUGUUGAUGCCGCUCUUAUAAACAUAAAAGCAUUAAAAGAGCGAGCACGAUCGAAGAUAGACGUGCCCAAAGUGAUGUGACACGAUAGUCGAGGGACGCGAUAGAGAAGGGAAAAAGAGAGUGAGGCUAACGAUAAGGGUGAGUGAUGUACGAUUUGACUGUACAUAACGAAUGAGAACGUUUGUAUGGGGAAAAAGUUGAAGUGAUCCAGCGUCAGUGUUAAAUCGCAUAAAUAAGGGAGCGCUCGUGAGUCCCUUGAGAUUCGCAAACAUGGUACGUUGACACAUAUAUCUCUCUCUCUCUCUCUCGUCACGUAAAUUCAAUCGCCUGCAAAUGAUUCGCCAAUUCGCGACAUUAUUAGCUCUUCUGCAUGCAGUAUCGAGCAGCGAUUGCCGAUGGCAUAACGCUGCGGAAUUUUGGAGCAACGUCAUUUGCUCGAUGAAAGACAUUAAAACCGUGAAUUUCCACGAUGUGCUCGAGAGUGGCGCGAGUUCGAUCUUCCUCGAGCAAUGCUUGCAGGCUUUCGUACACGAUAUCGCGCGCAAGUGCGAGGCAACGAUCGUAUCAAGGAUUCAUGCGCUUCGCAACACGGAAAAUGCUGCAUCUCUCGUCGCGAGUAACGACGAGCGAGCUGACAGAGAUGCAAGGUACGCGAAACGAUCGUCGAUCUGGAAGAUUGCAUCCGGUGACGCGCUUACUUGUAAUCGAGUAACGCCGUCGAAUAACGCAGCCGGAGAGACUCUGGUACGGAACGACGGGAGCUUUGAUAGAGACACGUGGAACGUGCACGUAAUUCUCACGAGAGACAUACGUUCCUUCGAUCAAAUCUCGAGGGAUGAUGCCACGACUUUCAAGUGGAAUUCACACGAUCGAUUUAUCGUCCUGAUCGCACGCUACCCCGAAGAGCAUGGACUGUCGGACGAGCCCGACUCGAAGAUCGACGAUAUCUUGAGGACGUUGUGGUCGAGACGCAAGGUGCAAAAGAUUUUUGUCUCCGAGGCGAUUCUCGCAGAGGACACCAUUCGAAUUGUCCGCACUUACAAUCCGUUUGCCAAAGCCAACGAUUCUGGUGAUUCCUACGUCUCUAAUUUGUGGGGCGAGGUCGAAAUUAUCAAUGUGAAGACGGCGGAAGAGGCGUCAAGCGUGCUGUCGCAGUUGACAUCUCGUCGUACGAACAAUCUGAAUGGAUACGAAUUAAAAGUGGGCUACUUUAUGCGAGGCGAAACGCUCGCAGAACCGACGAAAGACCGAUCAAAUCAGGAUUAUGCCGGCAUCUUCAAGGGAUUUGACGAGCUACUGCUGAAUACGAUAGCACGAAGCAUGAAUUUUCAAGUAGAACACGUACAUCCGUCGGAUAACAAAUCAUUUGGCUAUCGAUUACCCAAUGGGACAUACGUCGGUGCUAUAGUUUGUUUGUUGUCGUUGUUGUUGUUGCCGUUGCUUUUUCCGUUUGAAUAUCCGAUAAUACAACAGCCAGCUUACACAGGCGACAUAGUGCACGGUAGAACGGACAUCUGCUUCGUGCCUUUCUUCGUAAAGAAAUACAGCACGAAUCCCAAGGAAGACGUAGACUUUAGCGCGUACGUGGACUUUGACAGAUUAUGCGUGGUGGUGCCUAAAGCAACCAAGAUACCCAAAGGGAUUCGAAUAUAUCACUUCUUCCCGCUCUCGGUUUGGAUCUGCUCGAUGCUGACGCACGUUUUCACCUAUCUGACAUGGUACUUUUUGCAAGUAUUUACUCCAGGAAGGACAGGAAAGAAAAGCUUCCGCGCGACCAUCUAUCGGUCGUUUCUGCUGAACGCUGGUUGCCCGCAGAAAUUACCAAACACAAACGCGGAAAGGAUAUUACUGUCGGGCAUUCUCCUCGCUAACGUCACUCUAGUUGGAAUCUUCAGCGGUAUCUUGUACAACAGUUUCGCGCACGACAUGUACUAUCCAGACAUCGACAGUCUUCGCGAUCUCGACGCUUCGGGAUUGCCGGUACUCUCGACUUCCGCCAGUCUAGGCGAUCUCUUCGACGACAACGGCGACGUCUACUCGACGUCGCUCAUGCGAAGCCUGCGAAAGAAGAUGCAAUUAACGCCGGAUGUACACACCCUGAGCCGCGUGGCUCGUCAUCGCAACGCUUCGGCGUUCGCCAGGGAAAGUCAUUUCCCCAUUGUCAUCGAGGACUUGAUCGACGCGGACGGUGGGCCGUUGCUUCAUCUCGUUGAAGAGUGUCCAGGUAAAUUCUACUUGUCGUACUUGCUGCCCAAGAAUUCCAUUUUAAAGGAGAAGAUAAACGCAUUGAUCAGCCAAUUGAACGAGGCCGGCUUACCAUCCUUGUGGAGCCGACACAUCGUUCACGCCUUCAUUGUUCAAAAGCGGUCACUGGCGAGAGAAAAGUCGGCCCGAACCGGAAGGAAAAUGGACGGCUUCGUGCCGUUCAAUCUGUCUGACGUGCAGUCGUCCUUUUAUAUGCUACUGAUAGGAUUAUCGAUAUCCACGAUAGUAUUUUUUCACGAGAAGGGUUGGCUGAAAGCGCCAUUGUUGCACAGUGAAAAACCAAGCUGUACAUUCACGCGUUAGUUUGUUUUUCCGUUUCCGGAAGAAAAAGAAGAAUGACGAUAUUGCUCCCAAUAUUUUCAUACUUGUUGAGUUAACGUUAUUGAGAAAAGAAUAGAUAUGUAAGCCGGUUAAUCAACGAUAAUUGUGUUGAUAAGGAAAAGUGCUGGAGGGCAAAAUUACAUAUAUCCUAUUUCUACAUUAAUUAUCCUUAGUCGCGUUAGCACCUGUAAUGAGCUUAACAAGCGCGAUUCGAAGCGAGCAUACGCGUUUCACAUACACGUGCGAGCGCUCUCGCACACACCAUUAUAAAUCAUCGACGUCCUGCGCGCAGACUCUUUUAGAGGAGGAAAACGUCGAGGGGGAGUAAAGGAUGCUCGCCAAUUUUCGCCAGUAGCACCAGCUGAGUCUACUCGUGGUAGUGCGCUGUGUUGCGGUAACCUGUUGCCCAAGUGAGCUCUGGAUGGACGCGGAUGCCACGGUGCCGCGACACAAAUCACUCGAUUCACGCCACGUAAAUGUGUACGAAUGCGUAUACGCAAGUGAGCAUGUGUGCGAGCGCGUAAGACAGUCUGAUUGUGAGUAGUUUGCCUUGCACGAAUAUAUCAAGUACACGCA